GCAAAGUUAAGCGAGGGCGGUUUUGGGAGAGGAGGCGGUCGCCGGCGCUGCACGGCCGCCGCCGGCGGCGGCGUGAGCCGCGUGCGGAAUCGAUCGCGUGUGCGUGCUGCGUCGAGAGUGCGUGCAUGCGUCAUGGCCCGUGAGUGGAGAAUGUUGACUCACGCGCAUCGGGCCGGCGGCUUCCUUCCCCGGCGCAGCGGUGGCGGAGGAGGCGCGGCGGCGACAACAUGUCCUCCGGCGAGGAAGCGGUGGCGCCAUUUCACGGCACCUUCACGAAGGACAUUCUCUACGAGCUGCACAGGCGCCAACCGCACCGAUUCCACUUCAUGACCAAGUUCAACGCCAAGAGCGCCUCGUGGAAGGACUUCGAGCUGGUGGUGCUCGACGGCGAGCUGCGAGACUUCGCGCGAUGCGUGCACUGCAAGAACUUCGUCUCCUACUCGAGCAAGAAGGGCACCGGCAGCAUGCUCAGGCACCGCUGCCACGCCAAGGAGUCGUACUUCACAGCAGAGGAACACAACCGCUUUCGUGAGAUGGAGCUGUUCAUGCGGACGACGCCGCAGCCGCUGCCCAUGCUGGGCGGCCUGUCGUCGCAGUUCCUGCCGCGCAUCAAGGUGGAGCUGCCGGAGCCGCCCGAGUCGCCGCUGCGCAGGCUCCACACCGACUGCGGCGUCGGCAGCAACAACUGCGACGACAGCCCGCUGGACGUGCGGAUCCACCCGCGCUCGCCGAACGGCAGCGCCAGCAACGGCGGCAGGUGCGCCCGGGGCUCGGCCACCGUCGGCGGCGCGCCCAUGGUCGACAACGGCGAGGUCGAGGAGAUCGUCGCCAGCGUGGAGCUGGCCGACGACAGCACGGGCGGGGACGUGCUCGAGGAGCGCAACAACAACUGCACGCCCACCGGCGCCGCCAGGAUGCCGUACGCCACGGCAGCCCGCGCGGUCGCCGAGCGGCAGCUGGUGGAGCUGCAGCGGCUGCACGCCGAGGAAGAGCACAAGCUCAAGGUCGAGCUGCUCAAGAAGCAGCACCUGGUCGCCGACCUGCAGAGGAAGUACUGGCGCAUGAAGGUGAAGGCGCUCGCGCAGAAGGCCUCGUCCGCGCCGUCCUCGUACCACGCCUGCGAGAACAAGUCCGUCGAGGAAGACGAGUCGGACUCGCCGGACUGACGGGAAUGCUGGCCUAGUGCGCCCCGCCCCCCCACUACCCCACUGUCCCUUCCCUCUCGGGCAUCCCCCGUUUUUUUGGGUGCGUGUGUGUGUACAUAGUCGUUACGUUGCAAUUUCUUUCUUCCACGGAGUGCCAUGCGAACAUACUAGUUAUGCUCAUGCUCACGUCUGGUCAUAAUUGUGAAAGCGCCGCUGUUUAUCUCAUGCCUUUUAUUUCUUGCUGCCUCUUUUUUUUUUAUUCAUUUACACUUGCGUUUUCUUUGGCAGAAGAACCACGGGAUCUGUGCUUCGUUCUGUUCAGUCAGGAGUGCCGUGUGAUCGGAGGAGCACGGGGACGCGUUCUGCGUUCGCCUGACUAACCGCUCUCGUGUGAUUGACACGUUCACGAAAGCAGCCGGGCUCCUUCUGUCCCCCUGCGAUCAAACGAGGAACUUCCGGGCUGUGCGGGCGAGUGAAUGCAACACACGAAAACUGCAGCCGAGCGAUGGAAACGCUUUCAAAUUAUAACCUUUGCUAUAGAUAUAUGGUACUCUGAACGUCUGCUAGUCGCCACUUUCAAUGCGCGCAGGUUUGAGGAUUUGUCGCGUUAACAUACGAGAGCCCCGCUGCGUUUAGGUAUAUUUUCCGUCUUCCAACAGACUUGAACUAAAGGUCCUUGCUACUGAUCAUGCGGCAUCGAUAAGUAUUGUCCAGGAAUCGUAUUUUUCCUCACACGAACUGUUCAUAGCCCUGGCCCCACAUGCGAAAAGAGUCCAGGCGCCUUGAAAACUGGUCUGUGAAACAUCCUUGGCGAGAGAACGACUUGCCUUUAGCGCUGCGAUCAAAGUCAUUAUCGUUUGUGAUUUCUAGUUUAUGCUACGUUUGUCAUGUCAGCAGCGCCCGUCUCGUUGUCUCGGUUUCCACGUGUAAGGCCACUAUCUAUUAGCUCUGGAUGAUGAUUUCCGACGCUGCGCUCUUUAGAGCCGCGUUAUGAAGCAUUUCAAUUCAUUCGUUGUCACCGGAGAAAGCUUUAGGAGUUUGAGCGUGCCUUCGGAACGAUCGUCUCCGCGUCAGAAGGGCACCUCACACGGCCCUUGAAAAAUGCUAAGCGUAAUAGUAUGUUGCGGCUGUCAGCAAUCGGAGAUGUUUUUAACUUUCUUCGCUCAUCACGUUACUGUGCGGUUCGUUCUUUCGUUAUCCUUGUCGGGCCGAAAAAGAAUGAGGUCUGAUACGAGUCCAGUUCAAAGACACAGUGCUCUAACCCACGAUGCGAGAUAUCAAAUUGUGCAUUCGUUGUCGCCUGUGCCCCAUUUCAAAAGAGAAAGUAUAGGCAGAAGGAUCUGAGCGCCUUUUGAGAGUAAUUUUUUCUUCUUUAUCCCUUCGCAGGAGAAAAAGAAUUUAGAAGGUGUAAAUGUGCCGUCAGGAGGCAGCACAGGUAGUUCAGGGCGACGACAUGCCAUGCUGUCGCGUAUGGUAACUGUAUAAUAACUUUUGGUACGUCUACAGUAGAAAUAAUGCUUACAUUUUAGCUUCUCCUCGUAUGAAAUUUUACUGUCGUUCCGUUUUUGCUUUUUUUUGUCAGUUCUUUUGCGGCCAAAGCGAACUACAAUUGUGAGCAGAAGCGCCCAAGUGAUGAUAUUAAGGCGCUCCACCAGUAGCAAAGUGUUGGACAUUGUGCAAUCCAGCUCGAAACCUUGCGCAUUUUUUUUACCGUAAGGAUUCGCGGCUCAUAUGCGAUGGCGGUUUCUUUGUACAGUAACGCUGGCGUCGGAGAAAACCAGUACGUGCGUCUCAAAGGCCGUCGCAAUAAGCCGUUUGGAAAAGUAGCACCCGCUCUUUGUCAGAGCUGAGCUGAGCUUCCAGUCAAAGUCUGUGCCAAUUUUUGAGAACCUGUUGUAUACUGCUACCGAUUCCACUCCGCGCCUCAUAGUCGAGGGAAAAGUGACGUCGAAGUGUGCUUGCUUGCGAACUUGAGUUGCACUCUCUUGGGAUUGUCGUCGCCACAGUGAUAUUGUGCCGAUCCCUGAGCGGCCGGGAUACGGGAUGAGUGCAAAUAGACAAGCCCUGCAAGAGGAAUUCCUUCUGUAACGCGCGUUGUUCAGGCGACGAUCUGUCAACCUGCUGCACACGCGUCAUGUAGGCCAUUUUGUGAUUGAAGUCUGCGAUCGCGUAAUAUUACUUUCAGGCAGUUCGGUGUUUAACCGAAGCGCGCUACAUUAAUAUAUGUUUUGAACGAUCCACGCAACCAUAGCGAUAUUUUUUUUCAUUGCCGGAUAUCGUCAACAAUGAGUGAAACCGUCGCUGUGUGUAGUUGUGUAUGAUAAUUGGACAAAAGCCGAUUUCGGCCUUCUCGAAGGAUGAUGGUGGAACUUUAUCCGCAAAGUUUCAACCUUAUAGUGCAGUGUCGCGGAAGUGCUGUGAAUGUCCUGAAUGUUUGUACGUGAUGGUUUUACUUCUGAUUUUUUGUCAACUUCGCAUUAACUUUGGGAGUUCCGGUCUGUAUAUAGCUGGAACGGAAACACGACCUUACACCUGUAUUUCUAUGCAGAUAUGAAAAACAACCUUAGGAUGUUCGCGCAAAUGUAACUUUAAUUUUGCGUUUUGUUGUAGCAAACGAGGUUUCUGGCCGUAGGUUCAUGCGACGUGCCAAGGCCAUUGAACGACAUUCAAAGUACCGGAGAAAGCAUGUUAAAGGAAUGCUGAACAAUACCUGCUGACUCAAGUUAGACUGGUGAAUUAAUAUUUGAAAACUCUAUUUUCGUUAGUUUCGUACAGGAACAUUCGUUACUGGGAGGCAACGUGAUGACCAAGCAUUCUUGAAUCUUGCGCUCAAUCCGCAGAACUGAUGCUCCUCUGUCACGUGGUCACGUGAUGGACUUUAAUGCAUUUGCUCCUAUUUGAGCAGUUUCGGCGCGCGCAAAGUUCUCAAAGCACGCUAGGCAGCAGGGCUUGCUUCUUUCGGAAUCGAAUAUGAUUGCUCUUUAUCGACAAGGCCUUAAUAAGCUACUCGAGUAGACGAGAAGAAACAUGACGUGACGUUAAGAGGGUGCGGGAAAUUCGAAGUAACGUCAUCACUCGUGUGUCGGUUUUACGUCCGCUCCUGGCUCACCAAGAUUCACCUGGCGGCAAGAGCAAGCUUUUUGCUAAUCCAGAUCUGUAAUUUACCAUUUAAUCGUGACGUCAUACUCUUCUUCGACGUCGUUUUCGCGUCCCGCUUAUUUCUAUCAAGGAGGGUGACAGCGAAAUAAGCGUUAGUGGAACGCGGAACCAAUUGUUCGUUUCUGGUGCAAGCGUCUGCGUAUACGAUGCUUGCGGCUCAUGAUUCCUUGCGUCUCGCCAUCGUAGCCGUCAUUGUUUAUUUAUUUACUUCGCGUGCCGAUAUCUUCCAAGUGUGCAAGGCUGGAUGCGCACGGGCAAGAACAGCGCGCCGUCGCACUAGUCAUAAAGGACAGCCGACGCCUUUCUGAGGUGUGCAGUUGCAGACGAACCAAACUCAAACAAGAACUUACAAUGUAGAACACGUUUCGCAAGUGACAACUCCAAUGCGCGAUCUCGAGCCGCUACUUAUGUGGUUGCCGAAGAUGGUAUGGUCCUGACGCUAAACGUAUGAGAAGAAAUCGCACUGAUAUUAGGCGCACUGGCAAAAGCGAAAACAAAAGAAUUAGUUUUUCGUUCGUCCUAACUAGUUCGAAUUUCAGUUGUCCGUGACGGUGCGCUCUGUAUCAUUUGAGCCUCUCCGUGUCAGGUGAGCGGGCAUUUAACGGCGUUGUGUAAAUGUGUGAGUGAGGACGUUAUUGCCUGAGCAUUGGGCAGAGUUAAAGAAAGGUGAGAGCGAAAAUAGAAGAGAAAGAAUUUGCCAUCGCAGUUCGUGAUCUCCGAGUAAACGGGCAUGCGCAGUGGGCUGAGAAAUCGGCGCCAAAUCUAACGGCGAGGAAAAAAUGCCGUCCUGCAAUUUGGAAUGCAAGGGCGCACGCGCGCAGCUUGGGGGGUGCCAAAACAGCGGCAUUCGUGAAUGAUACCACUUGCGUCACCGGAAUAGCGUCCCACAGUAGUGCUUAAGACUGCAUGGUUGGUGGGGCAGUCUUGUACGAAAGCUGCUACCGACGGGAGGCUCGUACCCAAAACCUUUAUCAUGCAUUCGACUUAAAGAAGCUGGGGUUCAUUGAACGUUGUCUUUCGCCGAUACUCCUCUCUUCCUUCUUUUUUUUUUUUGCCGUACCGGAUGCUUUGGCUCAAGGCGAAUUGCCAGUCGUGUUAUCUCCAGUGGCUCAACUUGCUCCACCUGCGAGCGAAAUCAGAGGACACACGCCGAGUUUUCAAUCAACGAUUACUCGCGUCAGGAACCUGAAGACUAUAGUAGGUUUCCUGUUGAGGACUUCGCGUAGUUCAAUAUUGUUAAUGUUUGACGUUGCAUGUCAAGCCGCUACAACGUCCCGAAAGCCAGUUCAAGUGUUCGCGGGUUUACGUCCAAGGACGAAUGAUUCAGUGAAAUUAUUCAGAUUCGUAUAUACGUAAAGAAAAUCUAAAGGAUUAUUGUUUCAUGUUGCUUGUCGACGAAUAUUUGUUCGCAUAAAAAAAAUGGAUCCUCGUUUUCACUGGGCUGAAAUUUCUUGACUGUUGCUCAAAUGACCCCACGAAAGUAUUCGCCAAGAGCAAGUUCAGCCGAUUUAAACAUGAAAUUAUGUUAUGUUCAUCCACAUUCUCUGUUCAUUGUAAGUCAUUUUUUAAACGGCGAAUUCGUUGCGUAGUGCCGGAUAACCCGAAGGAAAGACGCAAUCCGUUUUGGGUGGAUGCGAAUAACGCAUAUAAAAUAUUUAGCGGUGUCGCAGCAUGUCGGAUAGUGACAACGUUGUAUCUCUCUUACUCGCACCAUGGUUAAGGCCUCAGCACAAACUCGGCAAAUCUGUCAUCUGACGCAGCAGCAGUGCUAUGUCACUUCGACGCGAUGGGCAAGACCGUUUGAACGCAUUGCGAACGCCGCAUAACAUGCUGGUCACAUGCAAAGUAGCAGGCAACAAUGCUCCAGUAAAUUCUUCACGAUCAUUACGGAAUUUCAAGAAUCGCUUCCUCACUUGUGGCAACAUUCUGAGCUACUGUGGGCCAAAAAUAGACAUUAGGCUCUGAAAUCUUUUUUCUUUAAAUUUUUAUAUAUCGAAGACACGUACUUGUGACUUAAAAUAUGAGUACUUGGUAGGCGUUCGCAAUAGUAAACUAGUUGUCCUAUGUUUAACUCCGCUUUGGCAAUUUCCUGUAAUAGUGACCAUCGCAUCGAACGUAUUCCCGUUGAGGACUACGAGAUUUCUCUAACCCAGAGUUACGCCUAGGACAAGGAGUUUCUGUCGCAAAAGAAGUCGCCACCGUGCACUUUCCAAGGGUGCAGGUCUCAAAUGUCGUUCGUAGCAAAUGUUCGGCUUGAAUUUCAAGCUGAAUAGCGCGGUGAACGACAUAGCCCAGUUCGGACUAAGUCAUACUACUGACUGUUCCCGCCUUUCCUGCCUCCUGGUCAAAGAAGUAACGUUUUUCUUCCUUUGCUAAAUUGGUGUCCGUCUGAGAAAAGUGCUAGAUUACUUUAAUAUCCCUUGAAAAAAAAGUUCCUCUUCGAGGAAUGCGAUAUCAGCUGCAAUUAAACUUCAAUUUCGCUAAUUGUCUUUAGGGAAACUAGCCUCCGGCUUCGCUAAGUGAGUUCACGAAAAUGUUUCCUUUUUUUCUCUCUCACACUGAAACCUGGCAUCGCGAAGAUUUAUACGUACGCGAGCAUGUCGUCUUCCCGAGAAGCUGCGUUCGCACGUGCUUCUGCGAGAUUUAGCGUGCUGGUCACGCCACCAAGGUCCUGCUGCGCCGACCGGUGCGCAUGUCCCUAGCUGGUCGUCGCUAUAUCGUGCCAAGGUCGCCGUCGAAUAGGCUCACUUCGCUCUCGCUUUUGCAGUAAAGCAAUGUAUUCUUGUUUUUCUCUGUAUCUUUUUUUUUGGCUUUCUCGAUCUUGUGAUGCGGUUUCUAUAUCCUGCAGCAUUGCUAUUGCUGCAAGAAGCUUCGACGCCCUAGUGCCUCUUUUCUUAACUCUAUGUGAACCGUUCUGUCGCGUCUCUUUGUUUUUUUUUUUCCGGCGUUACAAAGCGGGAUGUCGAAAUUUAUUACCGUAGGGCAAAAGUGUCUGUGCGUGUAUAUGUGAGCUUAAUGCAAAAGUGUCGUUUUUAAUUUGGUAUUU